AGAGGAGGAUGUGGCUAGAGGAAGCCAUAUUGGAGAAGAUGGUCCAAGCUAUGCUUCUCCAAGCUGUUGGAGCAUUCAACUACAAUAAAAGGCAUACUUGUGUCUAUAUUAUAUAGCCACUCGUAUGUUAUAAUGGAAGGGGUUGAUAAGAGAGGUAAGCAGCGUGGAACAUGCCAAGGCCCUCGUUCCUAUGGUUAGAAGCCAUACGAUGAGGUAUCCACGACGAUUACUUUUGCCUCUGUAAUCAAUCCCUCCGACGAGUUCAGUGAGUCCAACAAUGCCCCUCCAGUCAAAUUGAAGAGACAAGGCUGUUGUUGCAAGGCUGUGUGGAGCCCAUGCCGGAGCCGCCCACGAGCAUUCUCACCAUAAGCGUCAACAUCAUAAGCAUGCAGAGCACGCCCGUAAAUAAGCAUGCAGCGAUAAGCAUGGUUUAAUCAAAAAUAACGGGAAUACGGAAUAGGGCACGGGCUUAUCCUCAAAAUUCAUGCAGGGCUUGCGCAAUGCUAGUCAAGGUAAGGAACAAAUCACACUGUGGCUGCUCCGGGAUAGUAUUCAGCCUCAAUGGUCCGAGUGAUAACCGACCACUUUGUCAACAUUUGAAUACUAUCUGACAGUGGCUACGUAUCAUCAACGGCCUCGCAUCGACUUUAUUUUCCCCAAAAUCUUUAUCCCAAUCGCCCACCACACCAUUGCUCUACUCUAAUCAAGUUUCGUUACCAUGACGACUCUCACCGCAGAUAUUGCUGAAAUUCAACACAUUCUCAAACGCGAGCGUUACCAUCGGGAUACUGCUCAGUGGGAUUUGUGCCGUGCCGCCUUCCACCCUGAUGCCUCCAAGACAUACAUCAAUGUUGCCUGGUAUGAGGGUGAUGUGGAAAACUUUCUGCAGCAGUCGGCCAAGAUGCACAAAGGCAAGGUCAACAUCCUCCAUUCGUCGUUUGAUCCCGUCGAGAUCCACGUCCGCGGUCAGCGAGCCACCAGCGAGGCCUUUUGCGUCAUCACCAGUUUGCUAACGCUAGAUGGCGUCGACUACGAGCUGGCUUCUUACAUGCGUCUCUUGACUCGCCUCGAGAAACUAUCGGAGUCCGGCCAGUGGCGAAUGCUCAGCCUAGAAUCAAUUUACGUACGCGAUCGCAUAGUCACGGCCUUCCCGGGAUCAGGAUCAAGCACACUCACCAUGAGUGAGGAGGUGCAGGCUUACCCAAAGGGCUAUCGCCACUUGGCGCUGGUGAUGAGAUAUCGGGGCUUGAAACCGCAGACGAAUCUUCCCCACGAAGAUGACCAGGAAGGCGUGCGGGAGUUACUGGACCGAAAUCGGGCAUAUCUAGAGGGAGCUGAGUAGGGACUUCGAUGGAAUAUUCCGUAGGGACUGGUGGCGUUCGCUUUUACGCUGACGUUACCUAAGCCGGUCAAAUACACACAAUUAAUGAUAUUCCCCUCCU